UUUCAUGGAUAUAAAUCUUCAGAUGCAAUACCAUGAGGAAGUACCUGAGGCCUUAAUAUCACUCUGCUGCAUCCAAAAAAGCAGGUUUAUAUCCAUGGAAGCUCAGGAAAAAGAAAAUCCGGAUAGGUGCUGCCAUGUUUCUUUUUCUUUGCCCCCUCUCCCCAUUCUUCCUUCCUUUUUAUGCUGCAAGAGACUUAAGUAUGAAUUUCCUGCACAAAUGUGCAUUUAUUUGCCCUCUCGCUGCCAAAAAGCCAGCAGCCAUACAUUCGAUAAGGCGCAUCCUCACGAAUACUUGUGGACACUACGGUGAAAACUGCAAAUCCUUUUUUCAGCUGAGUUUAUGGAGUCAUGAACUCUGGCACAAAAGCCCAAAUUCCUCCAAAUUGUGUGCAGCUGGAUAACGGUCUAUUCAACUGGAAUGAGGAGUAUCUUCAUUGUGUAGACAAACCGCCUGCAAAGUAGGCCCAGAUGGCAAUACAUUAUGCCCCUUCCCUGAAAUACAUGGUCUAGACCACCCUGGCAUCCUUUCACUCUCCGGUAGUCUGUUUAUUUCUCCAUGGUAAAGGAUGAAACUGAGGCUGCUGAGAACCAAAUACUGCUUGAAGGGAUAAUGGAAACGCUUUCCUUUUUUGUGGUCCUCCUUCCUAUAUACCUUUGGACAGCUAGGUCAGGUCUCUUUCUUUUGCAAUGAUCCAGAAUCUAGUUGCGCAUGGACAUCACACAUUUGGACAUGAAGCAUAAACCUACAUUGAAAUGGGACUGAGCAGCCGAUGUAGGAAAUCCAUCUUCCAUUUCACCCAAUGCAUCUUGAAGGGCCAGGCCACGGAGACAGGAGUCGGACAGGCCUUGCUCUCUUGCAAACACUUCUGCAAAGCUUUGGUGAGGUUUUGGUUGCCCCUAAUAAAAGGCGUGAAUCCCAUUUUGGUAAAGUGAAAAAGGAGCAGGACAAAGAGGGCUGGCACUUUCUCUUCGAUGUGCCAAGUGUGUGCCCAGAGGAACUCUUGCCACCAACGAUCAGAAAUGUCAAGAAACUGGUGAAAAACGAGUCUACAACAGUUUUCUAGAACUUCAAUCCUGGGACCUUUCCAGUCCUCUCUCUCUUUUUCUUUUCUUUUCCCUCGGGGAAAGAAAAGGCACCGGCCUUUUGCUGAGCGCCUUUGGCUGGCACAGGCCUGAACGGCAGCCAAAUUCCCGGCGGCCCCCCUCUCUGGUCCCCCUCGCCCUGUCCAAACACUGUGGGGACUUUCGGAGACGGGUGGAUGGAGGUAUUUAAGGAGCAGAGACCUCGGGCACUGGGCAAACCCUCCCUGGGGCUUAGAGCCACCUUAACAAAAUCAAAAAGCCUUGGGCUUCUGUCUUUAUUUCCCUCCUGGGUGGCAAAUGGGGUGCAGGUGGCAGUGCUGGAAUACCAGGACUCCCUCCAAAAGGACAAAGUAGAGUAGAUCCAUUCCUUGGAGGCAUUUAUUAGUGGUAGUAUUUGGGGCUUCUUUCUUGUCUCAGAAGCCAGAGACCCGUCUUUGCUUAAACUCACCAGGGCAGAACUAUAUAAAUUAAAUCCCCAUCUUCCCAGCCCCUGCGUUCUUUCUUUUUCUGACCUCAAGAUGUUCCCAGCUCUCAUCUUCUUGCAAGUGUGGUCCCAGACUGUGGCUGCAAGUGAUGCUCCUCACUGGUCCUAUGAUGAAGGUCCACAUGGUCAGAAGCACUGGCAGAACACGUAUCCGGACUGCGGGUUCCAGUCCCAGUCCCCAAUCAAUAUCCAAACCGAUUCAGUCCAAUAUGACCCCAACCUGCUGCCGAUCGACCCAGAGGGAUACCGGGCUCCUGGAAAUCUAUUCACCAUACUAAACAACGGGCACACAGUGCAGAUCUCUCUGCCUGAAACCAUGAGCAUCCAUGGCCUUCCCCAUGUCUACUCCAGCGUCCAAAUGCACUUGCACUGGGGCAGCAAAGGACAGGUUGGAGGGUCAGAGCACCAGGUCGACGGCCAUGCCUUUGCAGCGGAGCUUCAUGUGGUUCAUUACAAUUCAGAAAAGUAUCCCAACGUCAGCGUGGCAAUACACCAACCGGAUGGAUUGGCCGUUUUGGGCAUUUUUUUGGAGACUGGCAAAGCGGUGAACAAAGCCUACGAUCACAUCUUGAAUCACCUGGAUGACAUCAAGUAUGCAGAACAGGAAAUACAGAUCCAGCCCUUUGACGUGCGGGAGCUCCUUCCGGCACAUUUGGGCCACUAUUUCCUCUACAAUGGCUCCCUGACCACCCCACCUUGCUACCAGAGCGUCCAGUGGGUCGUCUUCCACCAGCCGGUCCGCAUCUCCAUCGGCCAGCUGGAGAGACUGCAGAAAUCCCUUUACGUUACGCCAGAAGGGAAGAUACCUGAAGUGCCUUUGGUGAACAAUUUCCGAGCACUGCAACACCUGAACCAACGGGUCAUUUAUUCAUCUUUCGAUUUAGAAUCUUCUGGAUAUUCUGCAGGUGAGAUUGUGGCCAUCAUUUUUGGGGUGCUCUUGGGCUGCGCAGGCCUCUUCCUGGCCGGAUGGAUUGUGGCGAAGAGAAUACGGUGAGACGCAGGCGGAGAUGGGAGGCCGAACCGUUUCCUUCCACCCACAGGAGGGAACAAAGAAUGGAGGAACAGAAGGGUGUCGUCUUUACCUCUUCCACACGGCGAGCCAUUUCGGAUUAAGACCUCUACUUGCGAUGGAGAUGAGAAUCCCCAAAGCUUUCGCCCCUUACUUUCGUCAUUGCAAUGCAAAAAAAUUAGAGACCAUUUUUGAGGGGAGACCAGGGAAGAGUUGUGGGGGUGAGCGAGGGCAAACUCUUGGAAACCAUAACCAGUGCCCCAAAACCAACUCUGUCACCGCAGCUUAACCAGCCCUCCAUUGGGGUUGACAGGAAGAAAAAAGUGCGUAUAGCUGUAUGUGUUUAAAAAUGUAGGAUUUGUAGCAGGAUUCCUACCCGCAACAUCUGACUCAAACAUAAGAAGAAUCAAGUCUCUCGCAACCAGCCCCAGGUCUACAAAAGUGAAAACUUCCAGUUGAUAUUCUAAGAAUCUGGGUGAAAUGAAGGAACAUCUUUUCAGGUGCAUAUAUUACAGAGACCGGAAAACUCCCUUUUCUGAACUACAAAUUCCAGACUCCCCAAAGCUUGUAGGGCAGGGGAUACAUAAUCCCCCAAGUAACUGUCCUGGGCUCUGGCAUAUGGAUAGCAUAAACACAUUUGCAGUAUUUGGCGCAAAUUCAACCUUCCCAGAGCAUGCAGAAUACAGAUCACUUCCGACAAACCACCUCCCAACAUUCGACCCAGCACCCUCUAGAUAGAUUAGACUGCAACUCCCAUGUUCCACAGUAAUGGUUUGCACCCCACUAUUGUUCAGGAGGUAAUAGAAGCUCAAACCUCAAGAUGAUCCUCAACCUGGGGGCUUCUGGCUGUGUUGGAUUAUAGCUCCCACUGUAGCCAGACAGGGCUGGGGAAGAUGGGAGCUACUGCCCAGCAAACUGGGAAGCUGUCUGGUUGAGGAGUUUGCCCUGCAUUGACAGCUUGUAGGACUCUGCAGUUCAAUGUCAACUUCAUCAAUGUUAUACUUGGAUCUCGCAGAGCGGGAAACAAGGAUGCAAUUUCCAGGGCAUUGCCCCAUUUUUCACUACAUUUGCUUUCACGUUUUCACCGAAAAACUCCAACCUUCUGAGCAAAGGUUGGGCACAUCCCCAGUGUGUAUUUGGGAGGGCAAGAGUGUAUAUGUAAAUUAUGCCAGUACCGUUCACGCAUUCUUCUGGAGGCUUUGGCAUCCAUUCCUGGCUCAACGCUUUCUGACGUCUUUGGCAGUAGCGUCGCCAGUUCCGAUACCAGAAAAGUCUUUUUGGCUGGUUACUGUCCUUAUUUCACCACCUAAAAAAUUAAAAAAAACAUUGCCCCUGA